AUGGCUUCUUUCAAAGCAUCCAUGCUAGCUGCUCUUCCUCUUUAUCACCUCAUCCUCGUGCUUCUUUUCACCUCUUCCCACCAUAUCAGCAAGCCUGUUUUCGCCGAUGACAGGCUGAUCGAGCUGCAGUGCCACAAUGCACAAGUACCAGCAGUCUGUAUCCAAUGCCUAAAAUCCGAUCCGCGAGGAGAAGUCGUAUCCGAUAAUGUAGGGAUCGCCACCAUCGUCUUAAAAUGUCUAAGCAACAAUGCUGAAACCUUGGCAAAGAACUUGUCCAGUUUAGCUUCGGGUGUCCGAGACAAGAACAUAAAGUCUCUAUUACAAGAUUGUGAGCAAGGGUUUGUUCAAGCGAAGCACGAUCUAUCUACAGCGACGAAUCAGUUGAAGAGAAAGGAUUAUGAUAAGACCAAUCAUUUCGUGCGAACAGCACUUGAGCAGGAGGUAACUUGUAGCAAAAAUGUUGCGAGCCUGAAAUUAAAGGUUCCUAACAAUGUCCUCUUUGAAAUGAGGGUUUAUGAAGAUCUUUCUGAUGCAGCAAUGAGAAUAAUUGAUAGGUUCUAG